AUGGAAAAAUUUGAUACAAUUUUAGAAUAUAAUGAGUCUUAUUCUCCAAACGAUAAUUAAUCAUCAACCACAGAUUGUUCUAUACCCCAAGACAUAGAAAUAAUGAUUUCUUAAAAAAAGCAAAUAUCUAAUUAAACAUCACCACUUGAAAUUAUCAGCAAUAAAAAUAAAGCAUCAACUAAAUUUUAAGCAGCAGACCGUUUUAUACCAAACCGCAAAACUUCUAAAUUUCAGGCAUAUUAAGCAAUAGAAUUCGAUGAAAAUUAAUAUUUAUAAAAUGAAAAUUAUAUAGACACAGAUGGUGUUUAAAUAAAAAACUCUAUAGAUAAAGAAGAAAUAAACCAAAUAAAUAUAUCGCAACUAUACAAAAACUACAUAUUAGGUAUCAAAGAUCAUAAAAUAGCCGAUUAAUAGCACAUAUACUGCCCUUAUAAAAACCAAAAUAUUCUCAAAUAUAAAAGAGGCCUCCAAAAAUUAAUAAAAGAUUAAAUCUACGCGCCUUUAAAUUAAAAUAAUUUCUUCAACAACCCCUAACAUGAUUCCUGUUGUCAAAAAAUCAGAAACAUCCGUAAAAUCCCAAAAACACCUUUCAAAGUUUUAGACGCACCCGCCUUAUAAGAUGAUUUUUAUUUAAACCUAAUCGACUGGUCUAAUUAAAAUGUAUUAGCAGUAGGAUUAACUUAAUGUGUAUAUUUAUGGAGUGCUAGCUCAUCUAAAGUAAAUAAAUUAUGUGAUUUUGGAAGAAUAAAUGAAGUAACAUCAGUAAAUUGGUCUUAAUAAAAUAAUUUAGUGGCUAUAGGAACUAAUACUGGAGAUGUAGAAAUAUGGGAUAAUGUUAAAAUGGAAUAAGUUAGAGUACUUACAGGACACUCUUAAAGAGUAGGAACAUUGGCAUGGAAUUAAAAUGUAGUUACAAGCGGUUCAAGAGAUAAAAGUAUACUCUUAAGAGAUAUUAGAUGUAACAAUAUGUUCGAAAAUAAAUAUAUAGGACAUAAACAAGAAGUAUGUGGCUUAAAAUGGUCUUUUGAUGACUAAUAUUUGGCCUCAGGUGGUAAUGAUAAUAGACUUCAUGUAUGGAAUAAACAUUCAAAUAAACCUUUUCUAUAAUUCACAAAUCAUAAUGCAGCCAUAAAAGCUAUUGCUUGGAGUCCACAUUAGCAUGGAUUGCUAGUUUCUGGAGGAGGUACUUAAGAUAGAAUGAUUAGAUUCUGGAAUAUUCUAACUGGGAAGUAGUUGGAGUGUAUUGAGACUGGAAGUUAAGUUUGUAAUUUAAUUUUUAGCAAAAAUUUAAAUGAAUUAGUUAGUACACAUGGGUAUUCAUAAAAUUAAAUCAUAGUAUGGAGUGUACCAGGAAUGGAUAAAAUUACUACUCUAACAGGGCAUUCUUGUAGAGUCUUGUAUUUGACAAUGAGUCCGGAUGAAUAGACUAUUGUCACAGGAGCAGGAGAUGAAACUUUGAGGUUUUGGAAUAUUUUUCCAUCUAAUAAAGAUUAAUUUGUUAAAAAUAAUAAUUGCGGUAGUAUACUUUUAGCAAAAAAUAAUUACUUGAGGUGA